AUGCCGCAUUUAUAUCUCGGCGCACUCGGCGUCCUUGCGACGUCCCUGUCCCUAGGACAGGCUCGCCCAACUUGGUCCCUGGGAAACGGAUUUGAGCUCGCGUGGCAGUCCGACCUACACCAGGUUUCCAUCCUCCAAGGCAACCAGACCGUCCUCAGCACUGUACCCGGUCGGGGCUUCCUCAGUGCCAGCUCCGGCAAAGAUCACAUCGUGGAGUCGAGUGGUAACUUCAAGAUCACCAAUGUCGACCAGGGUCGCUGCCAGGGCCAGAACAUUACCGAUGUCACGCGGUCAACUCGCCAAGAUAGUGUGGGCAAGGAGGUGAUCGUUCAAGGUUACCUCUUGAACUGCAGCCACCAGGACAUCGCCUAUUCGAGCAGCUUUUGGGUGCCCACCAACCUUACGGACCGGGUCGCUUUCGAGGUGAACGUGGAUGCAGGCCGCAGUGGGAGCGCGCCGUUGGAGAGACUCUAUCUCACCUUCGCCUCGCACGCCUCGGAGGACUUCUACGGUCUGGGCGCCCAGGCCUCUUUUGCAUCGAUGAAGAACCAAACGAUCCCGAUCUUCUCGCGCGAACAGGGUGUUGGCCGCGGAGAUCAGCCGUACACAGCCAUUGAGGACUCGCAGAGUUUCUUCAGCGGCGGCGAUCGCUACACGACUUAUACUUCCAUCCCCCAGUACAUCAGCUCCGACGGUCAUGUCUUCUACUUGCUGGAGGACGACACCGCGUAUGCAGCCUUUGACUUCCGUGACCCAGACAGCGUCACUGUCCGGUACGACGCUCUCACCGUGCAUGGACACUUUAUGAAGGCCGACAACAUGCUGGACGGAAUCACCAUGCUCACCAACUACACGGGCCGAAUGCCCUCUUUGCCCGAGUGGGUGGACCAAGGUGCCGUCCUCGGCAUCCAGGGCGGACAGGACAAGGUGAACCGCAUCGUCAAGGAAGGACUUGAGCACGACUGCCCCGUCGCGGCAGUCUGGCUGCAAGACUGGUCCGGAACGCACCUCCAAUCCGCCCCCUACGGACACAUCAAUAUCUCGCGCCUCUGGUGGAACUGGGAACCCGACACCAGUCUCUAUCCGACCUGGAGCGAGUUCGUGCAGGACCUGCGCACCGAGCAAGGUGUUCGCACACUGGCAUACGUCAACCCGUUCCUGGCCAACGUCAGCAGUAAGUCCGACGGCUACAAGCGCAACCUCUUCCUCGAGGCCACGCAGAACCACUACACAGUGCAGAACGCCACGACCAACACGACGGCCAUCAUCUCCAGCGGCAAGGGCAUCGACGCCGGCAUUCUCGACCUUACCAACGCCGCCACCCGCACCUGGUUCGCCUCGGUGCUGCGCAACCAAGUCUGGAGCGCCAACAUCUCCGGCUGCAUGUGGGACUUUGGCGAGUACACGCCCAUCACAUCCGACACAAAACUAGCCAACACAACUGGCGACGCCUUCUUCUACCACAAUAGCUACCCGCGAGACUGGGCGGCCUUCCAGCGCUCCGUCGCGUCGACCACCCCGCUCGCCUCGGAGAUGGUGACCUUCCACCGCAGCGCCUCGAUGGGCGCCAACCGACACAUGAACCUGUUCUGGGCGGGCGACCAAGCCGUGGCGUGGACGGUCAACGACGGGAUCAAGUCCGCGGUGACGAUCAUGGGCCAGAUGGGCAUUUCGGGUUACGCACACAGCCACUCAGACAUCGGCGGAUACACGACCAUCUUCGAGCCGCCGACCGCCAACAGCACGCCGUCCGGCGCGAUCCCGCGCUCGCCCGAGCUGCUCGGCCGCUGGGGCGAGCUCGCCGCCGUCAGCAGCGCCUUCUUCCGCUCCCACGAGGGUAACGUCCCCGAGGUCAACACCCAGUUCUACAGCAACAGCACUACCUACCGCUACUUCGCGUACAACGCGCGCCUGUUCAAGAGUCUCGGCCCCUAUCGUCGCAGCGUGUUGACGAACGAAAGCGAGACCAAGGGCUGGCCGCUGCUGCGCAUGCCCGUGCUGUAUCACCCCGAGGAUGUGCGUGCCCGCCGCAUCAGUUACGAGAGCUUCUUCCUGGGCCGCGAUCUGUAUGUUGCCCCCGUGCUGGACGAGGGACGUCACGAGGUUGAGGUGUAUUUGCCUGGCUUGGAUCGGAGCCGCACUUACACGCAUGUUUGGUCUGGGAUGAGCUAUCGGGCCGGCCAGACGGUGAAAGUGCCGGCGCCGUUGGGUAAGCCCGCGGUGUUUGUGGUGGACGGUGCCCGCAGCAAGGAGUUGGAUGUGUUUUGGGAGUUUGUGCGGAAGGAGAAUGGGACAGUGUUGCACGUUUGA